AUGACGACCGUACAGAAAAUCAAGGAGAUUGAAGAUGAGAUGGGCCGUACGCAGAAGAACAAAAAUACUGCGUACCACUUGGGCCAAUUGCGUGCGAAGCUUGCGAAGCUGAAACGCGAGUUGAUUUCUGGAGGCGCGGGCGGCGGCGGCGGCGCAGGCAUUGGGUUCGAUGUCUCGCGCACGGGUAUUGCAAGUGUCGGUUUUGUUGGAUUUCCAUCUGUUGGAAAAAGUACGCUUAUGUCUGGUCUUACAGGCACAACCUCGGAGGUCGCGGCGUACGAAUUUACCACGCUCACGACCGUGCCGGGCACCAUGACCGUGCACGGCGCAAAAAUCCAAAUUCUUGACUUGCCUGGUAUUAUUGAAGGUGCAAAAGACGGCAAAGGUCGUGGUCGCCAAGUCAUUGCCGUUGCUCGCACUUGCAAUCUUAUAUUUAUUGUGCUGGACGUCGGCAAGCCGUUGCGCGACAAAAAGAUCAUUGAGGCUGAAUUGGAGGGCUUUGGGAUCCGCUUGAACAAGAAACCGCCCAAUGUGCUUGUGAAGAAGAAGGAUAAGGGUGGUCUCUCCAUUACCAACACCGUACCACUUACCAAGCUCGACCACGACGAGAUCCGAGCGGUGAUGUCUGAAUACCGCAUCUCGAAUGCGGACAUUGCAUUUCGCGAAGAUAUCACAGUCGAGGAGCUUAUUGAUGUUGUAGAGGGAAAUCGCAUCUACAUUCCUUGCAUCUACGUGCUGAACAAAAUUGACAGCAUCUCGAUCGAGGAACUCGACUUGUUGUACAAAAUCCCAAACUCGGUGCCGAUUUCUUCGGGCCAAUGGCUCAAUGUCGACGAACUUACCGAUAAGAUGUGGGAAGAGCUGAACUUGGUGCGUGUUUACACAAAGCCGCGCAAUGCAGUGCCGGACUACUCGGCCCCGGUUGUGUUGCGCCGUGGCAAAUGCACAGUGGAAGACUUUUGCAACGCAAUCCACCGCGAAAUUUAUAAGCAAUUUAAGUACGCCAUGGUGUGGGGUACUUCGGCCAAGCACCCGCGUGGUCAGCGGGUUGGCGGCGACCAUGUGCUGGAGGAUGAGGACUGUGUUACGAUUUUUAAGCGAUAA